GACAAUUCAACUCACCGCAUUUUAGAUAGAGUGCUACGUGUUUUUGGUGUGUUACAUUCGACAAGAUUUGCACGCUGAAUACAAAUACAAAACACACAAUACAAAGUGAAAAAAUUCCAUUUUAUUUGUGAGCAUCGGUUCUGAAAUUCAUUUAAAUCAGCCAAAAUGCAUGGUCCAGCCGUAUUUAUAGAUCUUACAUUCGAAGAUCAGGCACAAGAGUUGCGACGAUUCUUCAAGAGUUUGGGAGCCGAAAUUUCGGAAGAAAAAUCCAAUAAAGGCAUUGAAGAUGAUUUACACAAAAUCAUUGGAGUAUGUGAUGUUUGCUUCAAAGACGGCGAUCCAGCCGAUAUCGAUGGCAUAAUGAACAGCAUCGUCUCAAUCAUGGUUUCGAUUUCAUUGGAGCGUGGUGAAAAUAUUGUGUUGGCAUUCUGCGAAAAGCUAACAAAAGCAACCGAACUUCCAUUGAUCAAAGUGUGCCUCCAAUCUUUGUGGCGUUUGUUCAAUCACUUGGAACUAACAUCUCCACUUCGCUAUCAUGUUUACUAUCAUUUGGUGCAGGUGGCCAAGCAAUGCGAUCAAGUACGCGAAGUGUUCACUGGUGUUGAUCAAUUGAAAUCUCAAUUUGUUCAAUGUCCACCAUCGAAUGAACAAAUGCAAAAAUUGUAUCGUCUGUUGCACGAUGUGCUUAAGGAUACAAACAGCGAAUUGGCCGCUAAAGUGAUGAUUGAAUUGUUGGGCACUUAUACCGCUGAAAAUGCAUCCGUUGCACGUGAAGAUGCAAUGAAAUGCAUUGUUACCGCUUUGGCCGAUCCAAAUACAUUUUUAUUGGAUCCAUUGUUGUCACUAAAGCCGGUUCGUUUUCUCGAAGGUGAACUUAUCCAUGAUCUAUUGUCGGUGUUUGUAUCAGAAAAUUUAGCCGCCUAUAUUCAAUUUUAUCAAAAUCACAAGGAAUUUGUGAAUUCGCAAGGGCUCAACCAUGAACAAAAUAUGAAGAAAAUGCGAUUAUUGUCAUUCAUGCAAUUGGCCGAAAGCAAUCCGGAAUUGACAUUCGAACAAUUACAAAAGGAACUGCAAAUUAACGAAGAUGAAGUCGAACCAUUUAUUAUUGAAGUAUUAAAGACGAAAUUGGUGCGCGCUCGUAUGGAUCAAAAGGCACGCAAAGUACACAUUUCCAGCACGAUGCAUCGAACAUUUGGCAAACCACAAUGGAUGCAAUUACAUGAUCUAUUGCGCGCAUGGAAAUCCAAUUUACAAAUUGUUCAAGAAGGCAUGAAACAAGUAGCAGACACACAAGCCGGUUUAUUGCAUAAACAACAAAAAAAUAACUAAACAAUUUAUAAAUCGAACUCACGAUUUUAUAAUACAAAAAUAAUAAUAAAAAAAUUUCACCAUAAAUUAAAUUACGAUUCAUUUCACAAUACGAACUAUUAUUGAGGAAUUUGAUAAUGCCAAUAAAAACAGAGAUACGAUGGAGA